UAGGAAACAUGCCAUACAAGUAAUAUACAGUCGGCUGCAUGAACGACCGUCAAUAAAUAUAUGAACAUAUUCCUUCGUAAGUGAUUUAUCGACUGGAACUAAAAAUUGUAUUACUCAGACAUCUAGCGAGUAUUUAUGGGCAAAGUUCGUUUUAACGCUGCGUUUGUAUAAGGCGAUAUAAGUAUACAGAUUAACUCGUGAUUGUUAAACGUAAGACGUCUUACAAACAAUUAGCUAUUGUGAAUUGUCCGUCGAACAGAGUGGACGUACCUUAUUCGGCUGUCACUUCUGCGUGCUACUUCUUGAUAGAUUUCGUAUUAUUCUUCACACACUCCUUGUAAAUCUAUUAACAAUGGUGAACGGACGGGCUUUGCAUUUUGUGUUUAAAAUUGCUGAACGCAAAUUGACAGCUAAAUUUUAUCGAGAAAUUCUUGGUAUGAAGGUACUGAGACAUGAGGAAUUUGCUGAUGGUUGCGAAGCGGCAUGCAAUGGCCCAUAUGCAAAUCGUUGGAGUAAAACUAUGGUUGGAUAUGGUCCCGAAGAUAAUCAUUUUGUCAUUGAAUUGACUUAUAAUUAUGGAAUAACUUCAUAUGAAGCUGGAAAUGAUUUUCGUGGAAUAACCAUUCGCUCUAAAGAGGCAAUUGAAAGAGCUCGUGCCAAUGACUGGCCAGUUGAAGAAGAAAAUGGAAGAUUUGUUGUAAAAGCACCAGGAGGAUAUAAGUACUACCUCAUAAAUGAGCCACAGCCAACUGAUAAAGAUCCUGUACAAAAAGUUACACUUGCCAGUUCAAACUUACAACGAAGCAUUGCUUAUUGGAGAGAUAUCUUAGGCUUGAAAGUCUAUAUAGAAGAAGAAAACAGCGUAUUGUUAGGAUAUGGAGAUGAUCAAGUAAAGCUUGAAUUAGAAGAUAUUGGUACUACUGUCAAUCAUGCUAAGGCCUAUGGCCGUAUCGCAUUUGCUGUUCCAUUUUCUGAACAACCUGCAAUCCAAAAGAAAAUUAAGGAAACUGGAAACACAAUUUUGACAGAUUUAAUUUCCUUAGAUACUCCGGGAAAGGCUACAGUCCGCGUGAUAAUACUUGCUGACCCAGAUGGUCAUGAAAUUUGUUUUGUGGAUGAUGAAGCAUUCCGACAACUGUCUGUCCCAGAUUAUCCCAGCGAAGCUAUCCUGGACAGAUACAUUCAAAAACACGAAUCGAAUUCAUUAUAAAAAAAACUGAUUAUAUUAAUAUUUUCUGUUGAAUUUUAUCUUGGUGUCAGUGCUUCUUUCAUUGUUACUAUUAUUUAAAGUUAUUUUUUUGUCUGAACUCUACUUAAGACCUUUACGUGAUUUCUUGCUGGAGAUGUUUUAUAUAUACUUAUUUACAUUGUUGAUAUUACAGUUAAAAACUUUAAUUCCUUUAAAACAGCAAGGGCUCUAUUUUUGUAUAUUACGGUUGUGUAUCCAUUUCAAUAUUUAAUAAAAUAUAUUUUUAUGGCAA